AUGAUCGACCUAAGAUACGGUUCGGAGGACAAUGCGGCGUUCCAGACAGCGUACGAGGAACAUCUCAGCAAAAAGAGGGAGGAACAAAGCUGGAUAGAAGACCAGGCUAACUCCCAUAAUGCGAUGUUGGCCGAUAAGCGAGAGGCAGCGGCACUUGGGGAGAAAGUUGAAGGAGUUGCACUCGCUUUGAACUCGUCAGCAGCAGUAGCACGUAACUCGUUGUUAUUCCAUAGUAAUGGGAUGCAGAAGCAGCCGUUUAUGUAUGAGAAUAAACCGGAUAAUGUCAAUACGAGAUUCCAUACUUCGGAUUAUGAACGGGAUUCAACCGAGAUCCAGAUGGAGAAUCGUGCAAAUGCUCGAGAGGAGAGCAUGAGGAGUCGCGAUAAUACAGAGAUGGCAGUUGCCGGCCGGUUUGACCCGAGUAAACCUGGCGGAUAUAUGGCAACUCCCAGCAUGGUUCCCGGUGUGGAUGUGACGCCGAUCAUGACGUAUGGACGUAUAGCAAGUAAUAAGAGGAGGAUUGAAUCAGCCACGUCUGAUGAGGGAUACGGCGGGCUUGCAUCCUUCACGGCUCGAGGCACACCGCUGCAGCUUGGUGCUUCUACUGGUGGAAACGGUGAAGAUACUUUUAUUAUACCCAAGGAGUCGGACAGGGAGCAGCUAGCUCACCGACUUUUGGAGGAGGAAAAUCGGAAAAAGAAGCGGAAAAACGUUUUCGUGAUUACUUUGUGUGCUGGAAACCUUCUUCCUUGA